AUAAAAAAUGCUAGUUUAGUAAACCAACCGUAGUUACGUAUUCAUUGCCAAGCAUUUUUCACAUCUCCAAGAAAGUGACGUCCAGAAUCAGCAUUCUAGCUGUCUAAUCCAUGUUCCGCCUUUGUUACAACAUGCAGUUUAUCAUGGCUAGCACCCAUGAACAGAUUCAAAGAUGGUUGUAACAUCCAUCACCAAAGGUACAAAGCUAAGCGCAGAUACAAGCAUGGCAGAUGAGGUCCAUUACUCUACUCCUGUUUUCUGAAAGGUAGCCCUUCCCGCUUGAUUAGGUUCUAUGCACUGAUGUAAGCUUAUCACUACCUUUGCCAUUGUCGGUUGUUUCAGGUAGUUGGACUCGUCCUUGUAGUAUCUGAAAGCACACUACAGCAUAAUGUUCAUAAAAUGCGGAAGAAUGGAGAAGGCAUGACUUGCAUUUCCCAACUUCCUAUGGCAUGAGUAACAGCAAAGAUGCCCAGUUCAAAGAGUGUGAGUUUUCUGUCCUUCCCAUGGCCAUUCUUAAUGAUAAUGAUCUGAAGCCCUUCACUUUGAACUCUUAGAAUGUUCAAGAGAAACUUUCAGGAAAUGAUUGGUGUUGAUAUCGACAUAUUCUGUUAUUUGUUCAUCAAUUUUACGUGACAACCAAAUUUCCGUCCUAGCGCCUCCACAUGCUAAUUACAUUUUGCCUAUUACUAUGACCUUGUGUAUGUAUAUAUAUAAUUGGCAGGACGCUACUUCAUAAAGAUGGUUUUCAGCAACUAAUCUCUGAACACUGUUUCCUCCAUCUGAUCUCUCAAAAUAAUCUUUGGUAUUAUUCUCCUCUCUUUACUUUCAGUUUUAGUGCUACUGGCAGGAUGCAAAUGCUAGAUUGAAUCUGUCUGUUUCUUUAUACCAACCUGAAGAAACAGUGUGUGAAUCUAAAGAAUGGAAAUGUUUUGCUUACAUCAUAAGUAUUGUCUUUGAGCAUCAAAAACACCACCUUUUCAACUAUUGGACUUGUAGUGCUUUGUUUAGGAGAUGGAAUUGCAAGAAGGUAAAGGGCACUUUGGUCAUUGUCUAUACUUACACUAGUUGUUCUGCUGAUUAAUGUUGAGCUUGGUAGUUGAAGCACAAACUAGCAAGAAGCAUAUUUUUAGGAGUAGGGAGCAAAUAAAGACUCAAGGGAGUUUGUUGGGUCUCAAGGAAGCAAAAAGGCUUCCUGUCUCAUCCAAUGUGCUAAUAAAACUUCCCCACACGGAAAAGAGAGAGAAACAGAUUGCCUAGCUUAAACCUCACGUAUUCUCUUCCCCUCAAACAAUCAACCAACUAGGCCAGCUGCAAUCCUCUCUGCCUAAUCCAGUCUAUCACUGUUUCAUACAGGUUGAGCCUUCUUUGUCCUGAAUACAUGCGAUGCACCCCUUUUUUUGUCCAUUUCAGAUUGAAACAAAUUCACUUCCAGCAUGAUACUGCUAUAUUUGUUAAUCAGUUUCAUCUUUUGCAUCUGUUUCUUUUUUUUUUUUGCUACUCUAGAAUCUAGAUGCUUAUGUGGUGCUCACUAGUUCCUAUAUGCUGUCCUUUUUUAGAUAUUCAAAGAAGGUAGCUGGAGCCAAUAUGAUUGCUGGAGGAGGUUAUUUUGAUGGUUCCCAUGAUCAUAUUCUCAUGGAAGGAUCAAUGAUACAUGAUUCUUCCCAAUCCUCCAUCUAUGACAAUACAAAUGCCGAACAGCAGAACUUCAUCGGACUUGCCCCCUUUUCCAUAGAAGACCACUCCAGUCCAGCCAACCUUACCUCUGAGCCUGCAAGGGUGAUUGACCAUAUUCAACACCAACUUGGGAUUGGCGAGGAGCAGGACCACAGUAGCCACAUGAUACAAGAAGUGCCUCCAGUAGAAACUGCAAAUUUGGUUCCUGCUAUCUAUGGUGUCCAAGAUCAUAUCAUCAGCCACCAGAUAGGAGAAGGUCCACAUAACAUAACUGUGGAACAACAGAUCCUGGACUAUGAUGCUGCUUCAUAUCAAAAUGGCGCUUAUGCAGCUGGACAUGAUCUUCUAAAUUCUCUACAUAUCCAAAGGUGCAGUUUGACUCCUGAAUUUCCUUCAACAGAACAUUUCUUUGGUGGUCCAGAGCAGAACACGGUCAAUCAUUUGGACAUGAACAAUGACCUUCCAGGAGCAGCAAUUCAUGAAAGUGGAAUAAUGUUCAGCGAUUCAACUCUACCAUCAAGUUACCAUGCUACUCAAUCUCAUAUGUUGAAGGAUCUCUAUCAUUCACUGCCACAAAACUACGGGUUAUUUACCAGUGAUGACGAGAGAGAUGGAAUGAUUGGGAUACCAGGGGUCUCAGGAAAUACUUUCCAGGAGAUAGAUGGGAGGCAGUUCGAAAAUUCAAUACUGGGGAGUAGAAGACAGAAAGGUGGGUUAGGCAAGGGCAAGGGGAAAGCUAACUUCGCAACUGAAAGAGAGAGGAGGGAGCAGCUAAAUGUGAAGUAUGGGGCUUUAAGAUCACUGUUCCCAAACCCUACUAAGAAUGACAGGGCCUCUAUAGUUGGAGAUGCCAUUGAAUACAUCAAUGAGCUUAAUAGAACACUGAAACAAUUGAGGAUCCUAAUGGAAAAGAAGAGGAACAGCACUGAUAGGAGGAAGAAGCUUAAGUUGGAUGAUGAGGCAGCUGAUGAUGGGGAAAGCUCUUCAAUGCAGCCAGUAAGUGAUGACCAAAACAAUCAGAUGAAUGGGCCUAUAAGGAGCUCCUGGGUUCAAAGGAGGUCCAAGGAGUGCGAUGUUGAUGUCCGCAUAGUUGAUGAUGAAAUAAACAUCAAAUUCACUGAGAAGAAGAGGGCCAACUCUUUGCUUUGUGCUGCAAAGGUUCUAGAGGAGUUCCAUCUUGAGCUCAUCCAUGUUGUCGGGGGAAUUAUAGGAGAUCAUCAUAUAUUCAUGUUUAAUACAAAGAUACCUAAGGGCUCCUCAGUGUAUGUGUGCGCGGUGGCUAAGAAGCUCCUGGAAGCUAUCGAGAUGAAGAACCAGGCUCUUAAUAUCUUCAACUAGCCAUAUCCACUGUAAUGUUUAUUCAGAUGACAUACCAUGCUGGUCUAUUGUUUAGCAUCUUACGGUGCUGAGUUAUCAGAGAAGACUGCAGGAAUUGAUAAGACUAUGUCGUUAAUUCUGCUACAAAACUUUGCUGACAACUAGAUCAUGCUUAACUUCUAUAACUUGAAUGGUCAUGCUGGAAUAUGUGAUGCUUCUGAUUUAGCA